AUGUCCAACCUGAAGCCCAGUGCCUUUGAGUGUGUCACCCCCACAUACUCCAACUUCAAGAGCAACUUUGUGAAGAGGCUGUCUGCAGAGAUUCCUGUGGCCAGCAGCCCAAUCACCACCAGAUGGCAGCCCAGCCCAGCCAGGGACCUGGAAGCCUGUUCCUCUGCACAGGAGGGCUCUCCCUCCCACAUCCCAGAAUCUUCCAAACCUGUGCUGAAGAGAACGGCAUCAGCAGACACCCUGACUCUAAGAUCCCACAACAAAGAAUCACCGAAAACACCAGCCAAAGGAGUCUCUGAAAUGAAUAACUCCAUUCUCCAUGUUUGCAAGACCCCUCAUUCAGAGGACAGAGGUGGAAAGGAAAAUGUUGCCACCAAAGGCCAGAAAUGCCUAAAGCAGCUAUUUUCAGUCCAUCGAUUUCAGCAAAUCGAUGGGAAAAUGCAUCUCUGUGAGGACUCUCGAUGUGUCUGGACAGGUUUUAGAAACGGAGUCAGAUAUGAAUCCUUCCAUCUGAGGAGGUUUGGCAGUGUCCACCAUUCCAUAUGCCAACCGGAGGUGAAGAUCCAUCUCACGGGUCUUGGAAAUGACUGCUACCUCAAUAUCCUGGACUGGAAUUCUCAGAAUCUUGUUGCCAUCGCCCUCGAAUCCUCUAUAUACAUCUGGAACGGGCAGGACCACAGUUGGAUUGAAAAUAUCGACUUAAGCAUCUUCUGUAAUUAUGCAUCAGCCAAGUCCUGGAUGAGUGAGGGAUCAUGCCUGGCUGUUGGCACCAGCGAGGGAGAAGCGCAAUUAUGGGAUGUAGUCACUAAAAAGCGGCUGAGAAACAUGCUCCGUCACUUGUCAGUAGUUGGAGCUCUGAGUUGGAACCACUGCAUCCUCAGCAGAACUUGACUCUUUGCCUCUAACUCAGGGUCCAGUCUGGGUCGAGUCCACCACCAUGAUGUCCGAGCGCCCCAGCAUCAUGUCGGAACAUUUCACCACAAGGAGGCUGUGUGUGCUCUGAAAUGGUCACCGGAUGGGAGGCUGCUUUCCAGUGGCUGUAAUGAUGGAUUACUGACAAUAGGGCCCCACGAUCCAGGCGUCAGUGCGCCAGGCCCACCCCUGAAAGUCAUACCUCAGUCCACAGCAGUUAAGGCCAUGGAGUAGUGUCCCUGGCAAUCUGAGGUCCUUGCCAUUGGAGGAGGAAUGAAGGAUGGACGCCUACAUAUUUUGGAUGUAAACACUGGGACAAGCGUUCAGACGCCAAGCUCACAAAUUUGUUUCCUCAUCUGGCUACCUAAGACAAAGGAGAUUGCAACAGGCCAAGGUUCUCCCAGGAAUGACGUGGCUCUGUGGACCUGCCCCAUGCUGUCAAGGUCCGGCGGUUUCUUUGGUCACAGAGACAGAGUGCUGCGCUUGGCCCUGAGUCCGGACCAGACCCGCCAGUUUUCUGCUGCGGCAGACGGGACAGCUUGUGUGUGGAAGCGCCUCUAG